AUGACUGAAGUCGAGAAAUCUAACAAGCCAAAGAGCAUCAUUUUGUGCAGCAGCACCACUCGCUACCUCAUCAAGGAGAGGAUUGGAGAAGGAGGCUUUUCCAGUGUUGUCAGGGCUGUGAAUUUGAGCACAUCAGAGGAAGUGGCCAUCAAGAGCUUAAAAGAUCAAAAGAAUGCUAAAAAAGAGUUUGCGAUGCUUAAAGUGCUGGAGGUUCUUGAUCCAGUGAAAAGCAACCUGGUUCACUUCAUUGAGAAGUUCCAAUACAAAGAUCAAACAUGUCUGGUAUUUGAAAAGCUGGAUAUGGACCUUCACAGCAUGACCAAAAUGCUGGGGAGGGGAAUGACACUCCAUGAAAUCCGGCCGAUAGCGUACCAGUUGCUCACAACUUUAAAAGCGCUGAAAAGCAUUGGAGUGGUUCACUCACACCUUAAACCAGACAACAUAAUGGUGGUCGACCCUCAUGCUACUCCCGUAAGAGUCAAACUAAUUGACUUUGGCCUGUCGUCCAACAUCCCGAGCAAACUCGGACAAUUUUGUCAGCCUCUGGGUUACCGUGCACCUGAAGUCAGCCUGGGCCUCCCCUUCUCUGAGGCCAUAGACAUGUGGGGUCUUGCCUGUUUGCUGGUAGUUGGAGGCUCCUUUGGCCUGCGAGAGUUUACACAACUCCGAUAUGAUUCCCAGAAGAUCAAGAGAAGGUUGGAUCCUUCACUGGAGGCUAAAGUCAACGUGCAGAAGCAGCCGGUGAUGCUGGAGGAGGAGUACAAGAGGAUAAAGGAGAAGAAUUUGGACGAGUGGAGGAACAUCCGUGGUCCUCGUCCCUGGGAGGACUCGAGGGACUAUCAGGAGCAGCAGCGAAACCAGCAGAACAAAAAAAACUGAGGCUCAGGGACGCCAGGCAGAGCAGACUGUUCACACAAAACACACGCUACAGCUGGACGGACCAGACAAGAAUGGACAGCGUCUGUGGCGAAGAUGCCGCAGAGACCCAAUUAUCCCGGAUGCCACAACUUCAGGGCACAGGCUCAACUUGUUUGUUCUUUGUUUGUGUUGGACUUCAAGCUUUUGACAUGUACAUUGUUGUGGUCUCCUCUGGUUGUUCUGGGCUACUUGUGGUUAAAUCUACACCACAUGAGCUUAAACCCUUGAAAUAAGUUCAAGGAGGCUUUAAAUUUACAGAAAUAUGCACUGAGUCGUGAAAUUUAAAGCUUUAAAACAUCAGCUUCUGGGUGAGUUGAAUGUUUCAGUGACUGUGAAUGUGGAGAAUGUUUCCUCUUUCACUCGUCACCUUGAACAUCUGUUUCUGCUCUGUGUAACUUCUCCUGUGAGACGUGUGGAGCUGACCGAUCGUCGCAGUUUUAAUUUCGCUGAACUGUGUAUCAGUUAAAAAGACUUGGAAGUCGUUAAAAAAACAGAGUUUAUCUCCAAUAUUCAGCAGGAAACUUUAAAAAUAUGAAGAAUUCUAAUGAGAGUUUCGUUGAUUUGUUUCAGCGGCGGCACUUCUGGGGCUGGGAAUCAUGGGUAAUAUCCAGCAUUGCUUUAAUACACAAAAGUCACCUGUUGAUUGGAGUCUGAUGAGGAGUUUGUAAUAAAAACAACCAGUAGGUGGCACAUCUGAGCCUGUCACACAGUUUAAAGGACUUUACAUCUGAAUGUCUAUAUACAGGUUUCUAUCUGUUUGAUUUCCUUCUCUCAAUAAAUUAUUGCUAUUGAUCCAAAAUUGUGACUUUAACUUUUGUGUUAUUUCUGUGAAAAGCUUGUUGAUGUGUUGAGUCUUUGUUGUGUGUCUCAUUGAUUCACCAGUUCAAAGUAUAAAAGAGUAAAUAGCAACAGUCCGACUUCCUCGGGUCUCCACGGUGAUGUGUUUUCUGACAGUUAUUACUUUGCAAAGCUACGGUUUUAUUACGUUAACAAUGGAAGUAUCACAUUACUAUUUCCUUCCUGCUUUUUCCCCCUUGAAACAAAAGGUUGUCGUUGUCGCUGCGAUGUCUUCAUCAGUAUGUAUAAGCUCUGUUUAUGUGAGUGACACAUAACGUAUGUACAGCUCCACCUCGCUCAGCU